CUUUGGCUGUUGUCUGGACUACGCUGACUCUCUCAUCUCUGGAUGCUUUGGACAAGUUGUUGGGCGGCUGAAAGCAGCUAGCUGUCAGCAGAAGUCUGGUGUCUCCAGUACCCGGGACCUUAUCUGCUGACACCUGGCAACGUUUUCCCAUGGAGCAGUUUGGAUCCUGCUGAAACUUUCUCGUGCGAUUUUCCUCCUAAAUACCAAAGUCUGGAGAUCUGAUUCUGGUCAAUGUAUAUAGAACUUACCUCAUCUUACCCAGAAAUGAAUGCCAACAGUAUGCCUAAACAAGUGGAGGUGAGGAUGCACGAGAGCCACCUGGAGCCCAUUGAGGCCAGGCCCCAGUCAAAAUGUGCCAAAAUAUGCUCCAAACUGUUCAAAAACCUUCUGCUCACACUCACCGUCCUCGGUGUGAUCUUGGGAGCUGUAGCAGGGAUGUUGCUUCGUGUUGCUUCGCCUAUCCACCCAGAUAUUGUCAUGGUGAUUGCUUUUCCUGGAGAUAUCCUGAUGAGAAUGCUGAAGAUGUUGAUUCUGCCACUCAUCAUCUCCAGUUUAAUCACAGGUCUGGCCGGUCUUGAUGCUAAAUCCAGCGGUCGCCUCGGCACCAGAGCUAUGGUCUACUACAUGACCACCACUAUUAUCGCUGCUAUCCUGGGAGUCAUCCUGGUCUUAGUUAUCCACCCUGGCAAUCCCAAACUGAAGCAAAAUCUGGGCGAGGGCGAGAAAAACGAUGAUGUGUCCAGCUUGGACGCCUUCUUUGAUCUGAUCAGAAACCUGUUCCCAGAGAAUCUGGUGCAGGCUUGUUUCCAACAGAUCCAAACGGUCACAAAGAAAGUGGAAGUAGCUGUUGAAGAGGAUCUCAAUGCCACCACCAUGGAGGGUUUAGUGGCUAAUAUCACAAAGGAGCCUCAGUACAUCAUGAAAAAGUCACUCCAAUUCAAAAGUGGCAUGAAUGUUUUGGGUCUGAUUGGUUUCUUUAUUGCAUUUGGCAUCUGCAUGGGAAAGAUGGGCGAGAAGGCCAGACUCAUGCUUGAAUUCUUCAAUAUCCUCAAUGAGAUUGUGAUGAAACUUGUCAUCAUGAUCAUGUGGUACUCUCCCUUCGGUAUUGCAUGUUUAAUUUGUGGCAAGAUCAUCUCCAUCAAGGACUUGGAGGUGGUAGGCAAGCAGCUUGGCAUGUACAUGGUGACUGUGAUUGUUGGCCUCAUCAUCCACGGAGCAAUCUUCCUGCCCAGCAUUUACUUUGCCAUCACAAGGAAAAACCCCUUCAAGUUCUUUUUGGGCAUCUUCCAGGCCUGGAUCACUGCUCUGGGGACAGCCUCCAGUGCCGGCACACUGCCUGUCACCUUCCGUUGUCUGGAGGAGAAUUUGGGGAUUGACAAAAGAGUCACCCGCUUCGUGCUCCCAGUCGGCGCCACCAUCAACAUGGAUGGAACUGCUCUGUAUGAAGCGGUGGCUGCCAUCUUCAUUGCCCAAAUGAACGGAAUUCACCUUGACCCUGGUCAGAUUGUCACAGUCAGUCUGACCGCCACCUUGGCCAGCGUCGGGGCAGCCAGUAUUCCCAGUGCUGGCCUGGUAACUAUGCUGUUGAUCUUGACUGCUGUCGGCCUGCCGACCCAAGAUAUCAGUCUGCUGGUUGCUGUCGACUGGCUGCUGGAUCGAUUCAGGACCUCUGUGAAUGUGGUUGGGGACUCCUACGGUGCGGGCAUUGUCUACCACCUGUCGAAGGCGGAGUUGGAAGAGCUGGAUGCGCACGCGGCCAAAUCUGACGACAUUGAGAUGACAAAGACCCAGUCUUAUUACGACGACAUGAAGAACCACCACGAAAACAAUUCCAACCAGUGCGUCUUAACUCCGACCGCUUCCACUACCGCUACCACCACUGCUAACAAUUCUGUCUUAGUAGAUGAGUGCAAGGUAACCUCAGCCACUAACGGCUCUGCUGCGGAGUGCACGCUUGUCGAGGAGGAACCAUGGAAACAUGAAUAAUGGCAGCACAGAGAUCCCUUGCUCCUGGGCUCCACAAGCUUUCCUAUCUGGUGAUAGAAAAAACGUGAAUGAAAAGUCACAUGAACAGAACUACUAAUUGUUUUUUUUAUGUAGUUAUGUUUUCUUUUUUUUUCUUUUUUUUUAAUUAGUCCCUUUAAAGAUUUUUGUAACUGUCUAUCUGACUGAUAUGUAAUACUAAUUCACUUAACCGUGAACUGAUAACAGAGGUAUACCUCACCUGUUAGAGCGCAGUUAUAUCCUACAUAGCAAAUACUUGCACAACAUACUUCAAGGCCUGGAGAGGGAGAGAAGAAAGAGAGAAUAAUUGUUAGAUAAGCUAUUCUUACAUCCCAGUUAUAUGAUGAGAGACGAAGUUGAUGUGUAACGCGGAUGCACUGAGACCCUCCUCCAAGUCUCAUAAAGGUGAUUUAUUAAUAUCAGAGGAUAAGAGGGAAUCAGCGCAUUUAUCAUGACUCCAAUGCAAUCUGUACUGCACAUCCUGGCUUUACAUCUUUGUCAGCACCACUACGACAUGUGCGCGAGGCCAUUUCCCUUUUUUAGGCCAAGUCUCUCAUCUGAAGUCGUGACUGUCUGUAAACUACGCCUGUUUGCAAAUUGUCAAGCAUUGCCAGCUAUCUCUGAGGUCUAGCAAAGCGAUCAAAGAAUGGUAGUCAGGACCACACUGAGCCUCGAAACCUACAAGCACAGUCAAAGUGGAAUUAUGAAGCACAAAUUGCUCCAAGGGGCCCUUUUUUCUUUUCUUUUUUUUCUUUGUUGUGAAAGAAAGAUUUUUUUUCUUCUUAAUUUUACUUGUUGAAAGAGAUUUAAAAGUUAUUUAUUUGCUCGACAGAGUAAGACAUAGAGAGAUAUAGAUUUUCAAACAUGACCAAGCCAACUAUAGGGACCAAACAGGCAGAAAAUCAAUCAACUGGGAGGCUUUUGAACUGCCUCCGAUCUGUGACAAACGCUCACGUUUUGAUAAAUUGUCCGGCUGUAGCUGGCAAGCACAACAGCUGAUCACUUAAAAUUGAAUGCACAGAAAAUUAUUUCCCUAAAUAUUAAACUUCACAGAGCACUUUUUCUCUUUUUUCCCCCCAAAGUAACCUUUCGAUGCCAAUGAAAUUAAGUUUUUUUUUUGUUUUUCAAAAUAAAAUUCGUGAAAAAUGUGGGAUUCCUGAAUAAAAUGUAGAGAUUGAGCAAGAAAGCACACAUGAAGCCAAAAUGCCUGCAAGGUAAAUUCUCUCUCAGUUUUUCAGAGACUCAGGCUUGUAUGUUUACUCUUUUACAUGAACUUUCUUGUUAAAUCCCCAAAAUGUUUACGUUCUCACUUGAGCAUUCCAGUUCAUGAUCAUUGUCUAUGAACAGCACAACUUUUGAAAGUUUUCUCCCUGAAAAAUGGUGACAGUUUACUGCAUAGUUCUUCCUGAAAGGAAGCCUUUAUAAUGGAAAUCAGAGGUCUCCCAGCACAAGAAGUGAGCACAAACAGGUAUCUCGGUGGUUGAAUGUUCCCAAUGUACGACCUGAAAAGGUGAUUGUUUUAUAACAGUGAUGGAGCACACAUUUAAAAGCAGCGCAAACAUUUAAUAGCAAAAAAAAAAAGGUACUAAAGAAAGUUGAUGCCAGACAUUAAACGGAAAAUAAUUUAUUUUCACCACCAUAGCUCAAGACUGUUUCUACAAACCCUAGAGAUGCUGCAGCUGUGUGUCCAUGUUAGUGGGAGGGAAGUUUAGGGGGCUCAGAACAAAACCAUGAGCAACUCCACAUGACGCCAAGAUGAGCUCAACCAUCAGGUAAAAUUAUAAAUAUCUGCCUGUGUUAGAAAAUGACUUACAAGGAGCGCAAACACAUAAUGUUACUCAUUAAAGCUGCGCAAGCUAGGGCUGAGACCGCUGCGAUGUGGUUGUGUGUUUGGUUUCUUUUGCAUUGCAUCCUUUUCUCCUCUCCUGUGUCUUUUCAUUUGUGCUGAAUGAAAACAUCGCCUUGAAGGUGUUCACUUCAAACAGAUGCCAUUUAAAGUAACAGUAGAAAAACCUAACUCAGCACUUAGAGUCACACUGUCCUUUAGCUCCCGACACACUUGCAGAUCUUUUCUUUUAAAGCUCAGCCGAUGGUGUGCUGAAAGUGUGCUUUCACACAUCAUUGUGCACACUUUGUGUUCUGCCGAACACAGCGGAAAAACUGACAUUCACUCGCAACAAAAUACACAUAUUAAACACUUUUAAAUGUCAAAGAUUACUACAGUUAUAAUGAUAAUUGGUGAGCUGCAGAGCACAGCACUGGAACCCUAGCAGGCUAUUUGAGCCCCAUUUUUACCCUUCGUGAUUUUCAGGAAAACAACAUAAAUUAAAAAAAUGAAAAAAAUCUGUUCCGCGAGGAGACAAUGGAGUUCGUGGUGUCACCGAUGGGAAUUGAGUGUUGGACCACCAUUACGUUCAAACUCACCACUUUAGAUGCAUGAAUUAAAUGAAAUUAUAAUUAUUUUUUUGCACCACUAUAUUAAAAGCAUGAUAUUCUGAAGUGCCUCCUUGCACUUUGUGUAUAUAUUGUAGGUAACAGAUGUUUUUUUGUUGGUUUCUUUUGGGGGUACGGGGUAUUGAAAUGGUAUGUAGGAAUAUAGUCUCAUUGCUGUGACAUUUUUAAUGUAAUUCUCUAGGGAAAAAAUAUCUAUGUCUUGAGUACAAUUAGAUUAGACAAAAUGUAUAGAGGAACCUGUGUAAUGAAAUGCUUUAUUUUCUAAUUGCUCUUAACUAGUCAUUUUACUUACCUGUCACACACCAAUAUAUAAAUAUCUUUUUUGUAUCUAAUGUAAGUGUUUAAAUGUUUGCUCCAUGAAGAUAUAAUCAGUGUGAAUUCAUCGUCAUUGUAUAUACAUAAAUAUAUAAUUGUUCUGUUCUGUGGCAAUGCAGAAUUUCCUGAAAUUACAGUGAUCCUGAAACCAUCACUGCUUGCAUGAAUAAGAGGGGAAGAAAAGAGGGUGAGAAAGAAUGGGAAUUAAAAGAGUAAGGGGAAGUUUCUUGUUUUAAAAGGAGGCCAACUUUAGGUCGCAAUUAGUGUUUAAAAUGCUACUGGAAAGAGUGAUAGAGGAAAAAAGUCAAAUUUGCCCCGUGUGGAUAAUAGAGUAUGGAAUCAAACAAAACCAAGUAGUUCAAAUGAGUGAAAGAACAAGCAUCUGUGGUGUUACGAUGCCUAUUACAGUAUAGAGCAACAAUCCUCAGGUGACUCGCAUGAAACAUUUUUCAAAGGCGAAAACUGGCUUUAGUCUCAGGCAUCUUCGUUUACCCAGUGCGUGCGCAUUUAAAGCUGCAAGACGUGGAUAUCUAGAACUGCUAGUAUCCAUGUCAGCCUGUCAAAACGCCACGUCUUCACACAUUCCACCUCUGCUGUGCCAUCAACAUCAAAAGAGGUCUGUUGACAUCCCGCUUGGUAAACUGCCUUUUUCUCCACUUGCCUUUUUUUUGCUUUGUACACAGAAACCAUAUGCACACACAGGCACCUGAAGAGUGCUCAGCUAAAUGGUACUGAUGACAUGGAAACUGACACAACAAAGAGCCAGCAUAUCUUCAAGCUUGUCCUUUUCUACUGAAACGUGUCUUACUGAUCAAACUCCUGAACAGAGCUGAUAGCCUGCCUCACGCCUGCCUACUAUGUAUUUUCUAGAUCUUUCUUUUCUAUACCUGCCCUGCUAGUAAAGCUGUCGUCACCCUGAUGUAAGGGCAGAACCUGUGUGUGUGUGUUUGUGUGGGAAAAUACACUACUGAAAGAAAAGAAGAGAAAAAACAUUCUGUCUUUGGUCUAUGGCAUAUACAUAAAAAUCUGUUUCUACAUAUCAAUAAGUGUUGUACCUUUGGUGUACAUAUACAAAUAUAACUAAUAAAUGUU